GAAGAAGAAGGCAGAUGAUAAAGGAAGUUGCUGGCCACAGGGAAGUGGAGAUGCGGAGGUCCUGCCCCCACUCAGUCCUCCUCAUGAGGAGGCCCUGAGGUUGUGAGCCUCUGUACCCUGAUUCUCUCCUGAGCCCUGAGCACCCCAGGGUCCCUCCACAGGGCCUGUUCUGCUGCCUGAUGGCUCUGCUGCUCUCGAUUCCUGGAGGACACCAGGUCAUAGCAUGGACCCUGUUUCUGCUGCUGCCAGCACCAUGGCUGCAAGCUGGUAUCUCAGCAGCAUCCAGCAGAGAAGGACCCUUUGGGGUCACCCAACCAGCACGCCUCUCUGGUGUCCAGGGCGGCUCCAUCGAGAUCCCCUUCUCCUUCUACUUCCCCUGGAAAUUGACAACGGGUCCAAAUAUGUGGAUUCUCUGGAGAUGGAAGGGCUUCCAUGGGGAAUUUAUCUACAACUCCUCCUCAGGUUUCAUACAUAAGCAUUUCAAGAACCGGCUCAUCCUGAACUGGACACAGCCUCAGACAUCCGGAGUCCUCAGAAUCCUGGACUUGAAGGAGGAGGACAAGACAUUUUACUUCUGCAAAGUUUAUCUGAACACAACAAAAGGCACGGAGAGUUGGCAGUCAAUUCCGGGUACCAACCUCACCAUCACCCCAGCUGUCAGCACCACCAUGGAGUCUCCCUCCUUAGUCACCCCUGCAGUGGCCACAGCUGGCCUGGAGGACACAGAGGGUCAGAGCAAUCCUUCACUUGUGAACCUGGCAGCCACAGUCGGGGUGGUGGUGGCCACGGCUGUGCUCAUAACCCCUGUCUGUGUGUUGAUGAUCUUCCUGUGCUGGGAGCAAAGGCCAGCACCCUAAAGCCAAAGCCCAGCCAGGUGGGCGCCUGUCAUCCCAGUGAGCAGGUACAAGAAGUGAAGCCACACUUUGGACAUGUGGACUCUGAUAUCCUCUCCUCAGAACCAAGGUCGUCUUGUCUACUCUGGUCCUGAGAACACAAUGGUGCUGUUCUCUGUCUGUCUGGAGAAGUAAUAACACUUUUCAAUAA